AUGGAUCAUAUUUCUAAAGCAAAUGAUAAUAGUAAUUUACCUCUAGGAAGAGCCGUUAUUUUGCCUUCUUCUUUUCAGGGGUCCGAAAGAAACAUGCGUGAACGAUAUCAUGAUGCUAUGGCUAUCGUUUCUAAGUUUGGUAAGCCUGAUUUAUUUAUAACUUUUACAUGCAAUCCCAUUUGGAGGGAAAUUAAAGAAAAUCUUUAUAAAGGACAGAACCCUUCGGAUAGACCUGAUUUAUUAGCUAGAGUUUUUCAUUUAAAAUUAUCUGAAUUAUUACACGAUAUUAUUAAAAAAGAUUUCUUUGGCAAAUGUUCGGCGUAUGUUUAUACCAUAGAAUUUCAAAAGAGAGGAUUACCUCAUGCCCAUCUGCUCAUUAUAUUAAGCGAAAAUAAUAAAAUUGAAACAACCGAGUGUAUAGAUAAUUUUGUUCGAGCUGAAAUUUCAGAUAAAAAUAUCGAACCCCGAUUAUAUGAUAUUGUAACUCGCUUUAUGAUACAUGGACCAUGUGGUAUUUUGAAUCCUCACUCACCAUGCAUGGAAAAUGGUUCGUGUACAAAAAAAUUUCCGAAAGAUUUUCAAAAAGAAUCUCAACACAAUGCGAAUGGAUAUCCAUUUUAUCAACGUAGAGAUAAGGGUUUUAUUCAUGUCGGAGGUAAGCCAGUUUAUAAUAGAUACGUAAUCCCUUAUAACAAAUAUCUAUUAUUAAAAUUUAAUGCACACAUAAAUGUUGAAAUAUGUACAUCAAUAAAAUCCGUCAAAUAUAUUUUUAAGUACGUUUACAAAGGAUACGAUUGCGCUAAUAUAGAUCUUAAAACUAAUUCGCUUCAAUCUCAUGAUGAAAUUAGAAUGCAUAUAAAUGCCCGAUAUGUAAGUGCAUGUGAAGCCAUGUGGAGAUUAUUAGAAAAUCGUAUGCAUGAUCGAUCUCACGGUAUAAAUCGAUUAGCAAUACACUUGCCAUUUCAUCAACCGGUAUAUUUUAUAGAAGGACAAGAACGUCAGGCAUUAGAGAAAUCUGCCAGCAGAAAUACUACAUUAACUGCCUGGUUUGAAUUAAAUAAAAAUGAUGUUAAUGCCCGUCAAUAUUUAUAUGUCACUAUACCAUAUCAUUAUACUUUCAGCGCUAAUAAGUGGAAACUUAGACAAAGACAAAACAAUAUAAUUUCAAGGAUGUAUACUGUUGAUCCUAAAUCCGGCGAGAGAUUUUUCCUACGUUUACUAUUACUUCAUGUUGUUGGCGCCACAAGUUUUGAAUAUUUGAGAACUGUAAAUGGAGUUUUAUAUAAUACUUUUAAAGAGGCGGCUUUUAAAAGAAAUUUAUUGGUUGAUGACAAGGAAUGGGAAGCAUUUAUGGAAGAAGCGUCAACAUUUUUAAUGCCCAUACAGUUGCGUCAAUCUUUUGCCUUUAUUUGUAUUUUUUGUCAGCCAGAAAAUCCAAAUAACCUCUGGGAAAAAUUUAAAAAAUGUAUGAUAGAAGAUUUCGCACAUACCCAUACAGAUUCUAUUGCAAUUAAUAUGGCCUUAUCAGAUAUAGAAAAAGUAUUGCACGACCAUGGUUUUCGUUGUAGUAAUUUCAAUUUGCCUGUUCUUACUUUAAUAGCUCAGGAUGAUUUUCAUAAUAAUGAUCUUGAGGCAGCUGAGGCAUUGAAACUAAUUACUAAAUUAAAUUUUUUACAAAAAUCAGCCUUUGAUUUAAUCGUUCAAUCUAUCGAAAAUAAUGAUUUUCCUCAGCGUUGUUUUUAUAUUGAUGGUGCAGGUGGAUCGGGAAAAACUUUUUUGUAUAAUACCCUAAUGUGCUACAUUAGAGGACGCAACCAAAUAGUUUUACCGUUUGCAACAACAGGCAUUGCCGCUAUUCUUUUAAAAGGGGGUAGAACAAUACAUAGUUGA